UCGUCAUUGCUCAAUCAUUCCGUCUGACCAGUCAUCAUCAGCACGCUACUGUAUACAUCUGACGUACCGAGCUUGUUGUCGAUUUGAUACCAAUACGUCAUAACGCGAUCAUUAGGAAGCUAGGAAGGAAGCUAAGCUUCUUGGCCACGUACGGAACGGAUUAAGAUUAGUUUACGUUGGUCCUUCGCUAGUGGUGGACGCGAUUCGGUGAUUUCGAAACCUUUAUUACCAUUUUUGAAACGGGAGGGUGGUGUUUGGGAGUCAGCGUGGUUGGUGUGGUGAAAAAGUGAGAGUGCGGAACACCCUUAGGCACACCAAGGAGAGGCGUCUACGAAGCGGCGCGCACUGCAAGUUUUCACCCAACAACAGGUGGAUAUAGCACCAAGCACGUGAAAAGUGUAAAGCACGGCGAGAGCAUUUCUUCGCGCCUUUUUGUGUUGGUAACAGCAUAUCAAACAAGAUGAGACAAAUCGAUUUCGCUGCCGUAGUAGUACUGGCACUUAUGCUAUCAACCAGCUUAGCCGAAGCUCGGCGUGUGAAACGACAGCAAGCGAAUCGAAAUCCCUUCACUACCUACUUCCCUCCGAGUCAGAAAUUUGUCCGGAACCGGCCACCACUUAUCAGCAGCACUAUCCAACCGGUGCGGAAUACCUUUCUAACAACCGACUUUUUCAACGACCUGCCCACGACGAUCCGGGCGACGCGUCCACCACUGGAACCCAAGAAGCCAUCCAGGUCACGAGAGUUUUAUAUCUGCAUGACCAACUGCCUGACGCUGAGCCACUACAAUCCGGUCUGCGGAACGGACCACACCACCUACCACAACGUGUACAAGCUGGAAUGCUCGAACCGGUGCGGUGCAAGACCCAGAGUUCAAGUCCGAAAGCCCGGCAUUUGUUGAUAAAACACUUAUGGGUUCCGUUCCGAGAGAGCCUUCGUUUCCAGUUGAAGUGUCUCUUACUUAGAGGUAGUUGAGAUGAUGUUGGAUUGUUCAAUAGAGUGUUAAUAAAUUAUUGA